AUGUCGGCCACUGGUGGCGCCGCCAUCGCAGGCGGAAGCCGCAACCGCAAUCGCCAUCUCGGUGAGAACCGCUUCUACAGUCCGCCGCCGUUGCGAAAACACAGAGAGAAGCAGGAGCAGCAAAGGUCGUCGCUGUCUAGAACUUCCUCGGAAAACAGGCCUGGUUCCUCUUCCGAUUGUUCGAUUUCUUCGCGCGCAACAUCGGAUAUGUCCAAUUUGGAUCGAUUGUUGGAGCACAUCACGCCCCUUGUUCCCGCCCAAUAUUUCCCCAAGACUAACUCCAGGAGAUGGAAAACGAGAGAGGCGGAAUUACAUCCUUACUUUGUGCUUGGAGACUUGUGGGAGUCUUUCAAGGAAUGGAGUGCUUAUGGGGCCGGUGUUCCUAUAGUGUUGAAUGGGAGUGAAUCCGUAACACAGUAUUAUAAUGUCUCCUUGUCUGCCAUUCAGCUGUAUAUCGAUCCUUCGAAGCCCUCCACGCGGCUAAGGAAACCCAGUCAAGAAAGUGACUCUGAAUCAGCUAGAGAGACAAGCAGUGACAGCAGCAGUGGCUAUUGUCAUGAAAGAGGAGCCAAGACUGUUCAUGGUAGUAGGAAUCAUCUUAAUGUUUUGGAUGCAAGCAAUCAUGCUUUGGAAAGGGUCUCACAAGGUAAACCUUUCAUGGGUUCAUCAAGUGAUGAGACUGAGAGCUGCAACCCUCCUGGUCAGCUUAUAUUUGAAUUCUUUGAGCAUGAGUCACCUUAUAAUCGUGAGCCAUUAGCAACCAAGAUUUCUGAUCUUGAACGACAAUUUCCAGAGUUGAAAACAUACUGGAGCUGUGAUCUUUCCCCUGCAAGUUGGGUUUCAUUUGCUUGGUACCCAAUAUACAGAAUACCUACUGGUCCAACAUUACAGAGCCUGAGUGCCUGCUUUCUGACAUAUCAUUCCCUGUCGACUGCUUUGCAAAGUUCAAAUACUGAUGGACUACAUAAUUAUUGUUCAAGAGGUAGGGACAUAUUAAAGCUAUCAUUACCAAUCUUCGGGCUAGCCUCACACAAGUUUAAAAUUUCUGUCUGGGAUCCUGAUGGAGUUUCUGAAUGUCAGAAAGCCAAUUCUCUGUCGCGGGCUGCUGAAAACUGGCUUAGGCUAUUGCGAGUCAAUCAUCCUGAUUACAAUUACUUUAUGACUCAUUAUACAUAUUUGAGAUGA